GAGCUUCCUUCAUUUUUUCAUCUUCUCUAGCAGCACGCUGCUUGCGUUCUUCUCUCAUGGCUUCCACUGCUGGACUGGACCAAACCGACGACGCUUCAGCAUUAUCUUACUUCCAGAAAACAGUAUGUUUGCACGAUUGGUGGUUAGUUAAGUCCGAUAGAGAAUUCGAAGGGAAGCGACUAGCCGUUGCAGGCUCUACUGCCAGAGAGAAACAGGCAGUGCGACUGUUUUCCUCUGCGCCGAUAGUGAAAAGAUAUGAUUUUAGUACUAUGGAGACAGCUGAUGGAAUAUGCGUUGUUAUUAAAGGGUUCAUUAACAAGCCGCGCACUCAAGAGAACGGGUUUCCUUCCAUGGUUGGUAGUCAUUUUGUGUUGGGCUUUCCUACUGACUGGGAAGAAUAUGCUACAAAGUUCAUGGAAGGAGAUUCUACCAAUGGUAUUCAUUCAGGGACUAUUGCUGAUUCAGCCAUUGCAGGCACGGAAAAAUCUUGUCCAACUUCAGAACAAACUCCGAAUAAUCACGAGCAGGUCACUCACAGAGGCAGUCUGAAGAAUAGCCCAGGAUCUGGAUGUUCAAUGAAGCAUAAAAACAAAAUGUUGAGUCCCAAAACAAAGACAUUUGAAAACCCAGAUGGAGCAAAACUGAACAGUUCAUCGGGUGUCUCCAUUCAACCUGAGGGGAUAAUGGACAUAUCAGAUAAUGUUCCAGACCACUCCGUGGGCCAAAUAUUGGGAAGUUUGUCAGAGAAUGUAAGAGGCAAAGGGAAGGAUGAGAAAUGCACAGUCAGUGGGUUGAAAAGUGAAAGUAUUAAGAUGAAUUCUGUUCCGGUGGCCUCUGGUAACAUGAGCGAAAUCUUAAAAAAUCAUAAGUUUGAAUUUGAGGACAAUAGUAUCCCAAGUUCGUCUACUUAUGAAGGAAAAAGUGAUGAUGCUAAAGAAGGUGCUGACAGGAAGAAAACUAAGAGGAAUUUAAUCUUUGACCAAAAUGUAAGUCGUUCUCAGGAACUGAAAAAUGAAAAAUCUAUUGUUACUCCAGAAUCCUUGAGUUAUGGACGAUCGAGAUCAGGGAGACUACUUCUACCCACCAUGGAAUUCUGGCGCAAUCAAUUGCCGGUUUAUGAUGCGGAUCGUAAAAUCACUGGAAUUAUGACCGAGAAGGUUUUGAAAAUCACAACUGAUGGAGCAAGAUGUAUAGGAGCGAGAUUCAAGCCAUGGACUUCCUUGGGUUUAUUUUGCAUUUUUUAAAUGCUAACCCUUAUUUGUUUUGUCAUGUGAUAGGGAUUUGAAACCCAUGGCCUAUACUGUGUAGGAACUAGGAAUUGUAAUUUAACCAAAGCACCUAUUACAUGUUAACCCGUAAUUGUGAAUUUAUCUCCUAGCUGUCAUAUGUAUAAUAGUUCUAUUUUGCCAAUCUGAGGUUGCUGCUUUGAGUAUGAUACACCUUAUGGAUAUUGCGCACAGGUUAAUUCUGAACUACAUGUAUUGAAUUGGAACAUGAAAAGCUGGUUCUAUCAGUUGAGUUGUCUAUGUAUUAAGCCUUUUUUAUUGAAUCCGAAUCAAUUUGGCU